AUGGUUAAGAACCCUGUGUUUCAUGGAAGAACUAAGCAUAUUAAGAUCAAGUAUCACUUUAUUAGAGAAGUUGAAGCUGAGAAUGAAGUGAAACUGGUGCAUUGCAAGUCAGAAGAUCAAAUUGCAGAUAUUCUGACCAAAGUCUUACCAAAGGCAAGGUUUGAAACAUUGAGGAAAAGUCUUGGUGUUUCCAGUAGAAAUGCCAAGGAGGAGUGUUAUGUUCUCUAUGAGGUCUUUUCAAUGUCGUUCUUGAUGGAACAAGCUGGAGGUCAGGCAUUCACUGGCAAGCAACGGGCACUUGAUUUGGUUCCAACAAAGAUACAUGAGCGGUCUCCAAUAUUUCUUGGCUGCUAUGAUGAUGUUGAAGAAAUUAAACAACUUUACGCUACCGAAGGGAAGAAGGAAUAA